GGAAAGCAGUCGAGUAUUGCAAGCAAAUAAUUAAUGGUUGCCAUCCCUAGGUACAUUGCCAAAGUGAAUUUUCUGUGGAACUGCAAGUGGAGAAUCGGUGUUGCGUCACGUUACAAUCUAUUUAUAUUUAGUCACUUCUGAACUAAACGUUAAUCACAACUUUUUUUCAGCCAACAAUGUCUAUUGUAAGGAAUGCUCGCUGUUUGGCUUUGCGCGGAAUAAAUACAAUGCAAAAGCGUGGAUUCGCUGAUGAGAUGAAAUUAACUUUUGCCGCUGCAAAUCAAACUUUUUAUGAUCAAGCAGAAGUUCGUCAAAUCGAUGUUCCUUCAUUCAGUGGAAGUUUUGGCAUACUUGCGAAGCAUGUGCCAACUUUAGCCGUUUUAAAGCCCGGCGUGGUGCAAGUUAUCGAAAACGACGGAAAGACUUCAAAAUUCUUCGUAUCUAGUGGCUCAAUUACAGUAAAUGAAGAUUCAUCCGUUCAAGUGUUGGCCGAAGAAGCACAUAAAGUUGAAGAUAUUGACAUUUCUGAGGCAAAGCAGAUCCUAUCACAGUAUCAAUCACAAUUAAAUUCCGCGUCAAGUGAAGAAGCUAAAGCGGAAGCUGCCAUUGCUGUUGAGUGUGCUGAGGCUCUUGUCCGAGCUGCGGAGUAAACUAUUGCAUUCAGUUCAGAAGGAUAAAUUUGCACUGAAUGAAAAGUAAAAAUUUGAAAUUUAACGCUGGUAUAAAAUAUUUGAUCAACAAAAAUCCGGUAUAAAUAAAACAAUGUCAACCAAAA